AUGGGAAACCAAGUAGGGAUAAAUAGGUUUCCCGGCAAAGACAGGGAGCGUCACCAGAAAAAGAGAAAAGAAGUUCAUGAGGAAGCUGUACAGAAAAAGAAAAAGGUGAAAAGCAGUGCGAGUCAGACUGUCAUUAAAAUUGAGAAAGGUGUUCAAACUGUCAUUAAAACUGAGGGUGAUGACCAGUUUGAGACAAAAACAAAGGUAAGGAAAAAGGAAAACUUAAAAGAAGAUGAAUGUUUAGACCAAUUAGAACUGAAGAAGAAGAAAAAGAAAAACAAGAAAAAGAGACUUGUCUCUGAAUUACUGAAAGAAGCACAUUCAGAAAGCUUUGUGAAUGUAGAAGGCCAUCUGGAUUCAGAACCUGGAGAAGAAUCAGACGAACAAAUUAAAAUUCUCAAAAAGAAGAAAAAAAAAGUCCAGUGUCAUUCCUCCUUAUCGUUGGAGGAUAAUCAGAGUAGUGAUACGGAGUUUUCAAAUCAUCAUACAGACGGUACUAAGGAAAAUGAAUUUGCUUUGAAAAAAAGCACAAAGAAUACUGCUUUGAGUUUGGAAUUGGAUGGUGAAGUAACUAAGAAAAAAAAGAAGAAAGGCACUUUUUCUUUAGCAUUAGAAGACAUCCAGGACGGUGAACAUAAACAGUCUGAAAAAGUUCAUAAAAAAUCACACAAAUACAUGUCACAAGAAAAAGCUUUUACUGUCGAAAACCAUGAAAUGGAUACUAUCCAGAAUGAUGGGGAGAGUGAUGUGAGAAGAAAGAAGAGGAAGAAAAAGAAAGAUAAGUCCGACUCCUUUUCACCACUGGCAGAUAAUAAGGACAUCAUCUGUGGAGCUCCUGAUAGCCCCAUUGCAUUAAGUGACUUCAGAAAAAGGCAAAGAGAGAGUUUCCAGAAAAUUACAUUGACAAGUAGAGAGGAAGAGGACAUUACUGAGAACCCUGGAAGUAGCAGAGAGGCCAAGAGGAAGAAGAGGAGAAGCAAAGAUGUUUCCUCCUUAACAUGUGAAGAUGAUCAAGACUACAGUCACAGAGUUCCUGAUAAACAUCUCCCUGCACAGCAAGAAGUUGAGUCGGAGGAAGAAGAGCUUUCUGGAAAAAAAUGCAGGAAGAAUAUCAAGGAUAGUAAUGAAGAACAUGUGGAUGAUGUAACUAUUGUGCAGGAAAAAAAAGGAAACUGUGAUGAAGUUAACAUAGACAAGGUGAGGCGGCAGGCUCUGCAAGAAGAAAUUGACAGAGAAUCUGGCAAAACUAAGGUUUUCAGUCCCAAAGUGGAACGGGAUACAAAGUUUGGCCAGUGGAGUACAGCUGCUUUUCAAAGUUCUGAGGAAGAAAUGAAGUUUUUUAGACUGAUGGGUGGCUUUAAGAAGGGCUCUGUGCCUAUCCAAAAUCUCUCAGCAACUACAAACAAACCGAACAUGGCUCUGAACAGGGAAGGGGAGGAGAAGUUACAGCAGGCUCUGAAGAUGGAAUUUGAUAAAGCAAUGGACUUGAAGCAACACAAAGGAAUUGGUCUUGGAUUUCAGCCUGCUGCCAACAAAAAAGUAUACAUAGACAAAUAUACAUCUAGAUCUAUAAAAUUUGAAGAUUAA